CUCCGUCACUCCGUAAGGUUGACUCAGGCCACCCCUGGCUCCCGGGCGGGUAUAUAAUCAGCGCCUAAGAAUUAUAUUCUAAUAUUUGAGGCAUCCUCAGCUGAAGAAGUUCCACUGAAGUUAGACUCACAUUUUUGCUUUCUCAUGUACUAUUCACGUAGUAUUUAGAAAAUAUUGUAGCGUGAUAUUGCCCAGUGGCAAUUUUUCAUUUCUGAUCUUUAUGUCAAAUCAAGAAGUUGAAUUUCUUCUUUUCUUUAGGUCAUGCGGACGACAGUGGUAAUGACAGUUCUCUUAGGAGUGGCAGCGCGUGCUCUGAUUGCAGAGACGCAAGGAAAAAACUUGCACACGUUGGCGUUUGGUUAUUCGGCUCAGCGUCAAAAAUCUGGCAUCUGGAACUUUUUGGUGAAAUCCGCUGGAAAUGUGUCAUGGAAAGAGAAGCCUAUGAUGGGAGUAGACGUAAAGAUCACUGAAACUGGAGAUCCAAACGACGGAUUGAAGGGCAGUUGGAUAGAAAUGACCUCAGGAAUAAGCGUGAGUAGCAGUGGCCCAGCACCUCCAAAGCUUCCUGAGCCCUUAUUCACAGCGUUGCAUGAGGUGAAAAAGUGGCCUGUUCCAUCAGACUACACACGUAUAGCCGGUUUGGGAUACUACAAA